GUACCAGGGCGGUCCCGGGGCGAUGCGGGGCGGUCCUGGGCCGGUCCCGGGGCGAUGCGGGGCGGUUCCGGGGCGGUCCCGUGUCCUCCCUUAUAGCGGCGGCGGCGGCGGCUCCCGGGGCGGCGCGGCCGCCAUGGACCUGCACAUCCUGGAGCACCGGGUGCGGGUGCUGAGCCUGGCCCGCCGCGGGCUCUGGCUCUACACCCACCCGCUGCUCAAGCUGCUCUUCCUGCCCCAGCGCUGCCGGUGCAAGUUCUUCAGCCUGACGGAGACCCCCGAGGACUACACAGUCAUGCUGGACGAGGAGGGCUUCAAAGAGCUGCCGCCCUCCGAGUUCAUGCAGGUGGCAGACUCCACCUGGCUGGUGCUCAGCGUGGUCUCCAACGGGCGGGAGGCCCCGGGCUGCCAGGCCACCGGCGUCACCAAGAUCGCGCGCUCGGUCAUCGCGCCGCUGGCCGAGCACCACGUCUCGGUGCUGAUGCUCUCCACGUACCAGACCGACUUCAUCCUGGUGCGGGAGCGGGACCUGCCCGUGGUGAUCCACACGCUGGCCGGGGAGUUCGACAUCUACAGGGAGGAGAGCGGCGAGUGCGUCCCUGUCACCUGUGAUGAUGUCAGCAACGGCUUCCUCAAGCCCAAGCCACCCACCAGCCCCACGCUGCACCCGGUGCAGAGCCCCCAGACCCGCUUCUGUGUCCUGACGGUGGCCCCCGACACGCUGCCCGCCAUCGCCACCAUGCUCAUCGACGUCCUCUUCUACUCCCACGGCAGCCCCCCGUGGGAUGCAGCCACCAGCAGCCAGGACCUCGACUCCAUCACCUUCUUCUCCUUCUCGCUCAUCGAGGGCUACAUCUCCAUCGUGAUGGAUGCCGAGACCCAGAAGCGCUUCCCCAGUGACCUCCUGCUGACCAGCUCCACGGGCGAGCUGUGGCGGAUGGUGCGGAUCGGGGGGCAGCCCCUCGGCUUCGACGAGUGUGGCAUCGUGGCGCAGAUCGCGGAGCCGCUGGCGGCCGCCGACAUCUCGGCCUAUUACAUCAGCACCUUCAACUUCGACCACGCCUUGGUCCCCGAGGAGGGCAGUGCUGAGGUGAUCCAGCUGCUGCAGCAGCGGCAGGAGAGCGGCAGAUAGCGGCCGUCCCACUGUCCAGCUGGUGUGUCCCCUCCUCCCCACCCACAGGCAUUAAUUCCUGGUUUUGAUGAUCCGGGCACAGCAUGGCUCCCUCUGUGCUGGGGAGGUGGUGGCUUUGGGGACGUUGGUGGCCUUGUGCCACAGGAGGGGGUCAGUCCCUGUGUGCCAUCCUCUCCCUCUAGCCCUGCCUGUGCUGGUGGGUGGCCCAGGGCAGAGUGGGUGUGUCCGGGUGGAGGGGACACAGGGGGGCGGGGAGGGGACAUGCCAAAGAGCAGUGAAGUGCCCCCGUGGUGCUGUGGGGGACAGCCUGGGAACUAUGGGAUGUGUCCCCUUGGGAAGGGAGGGGUGGCCACCAUGCUCGGGGACAAGCCCAUGGAGGGGAGAGCAUUCCUGGAGCUGGGGUUACCCCUGGCACCCCAAAAAUCUCCAAGGGGGGGGCUCUGGUUCACCACCAGCCCUGGCUGUCACCUGUCGUGGAGGGGUGACAGUGACACCCAGCCCCUCACAAGUUGUAUUUUCGCAUAGUUUUUGAUAAGUCAAUAAAAUUCUUAUUAUUUUUA